CAGCGGCUGAUAGAGUAAACAAAUAAUGUGCUUCGUGUGAUUAUUCUCAAUUAUCGUAUAAAAAAUCUUAUUAUUUGUGUAAGCUAGUCAUCAGCAGGGAAUUAAACACGAUGGCGGUGGCGACGGUGGAGAGCUCGACACUAGAUAAGAUACUAAGUUUUGUUAAUGACAAUGGCUACAAAGAACUCAUGCAGAAUUCGGCCAAAUUCAAUAUCAGAAUUCGCAAAGACCGAAUAUACAGGCAGCCAUACAUUGAUGGACAGACAGGUGUGGCUCAGCGACACUGCCAUCUCUUUGUGAGCGACAAGCAACGCAUGCCGGGAAUACUUCAGGGGCAAGUGUACACAUACCCUGCCAGGCGUUGGAAAGCACAGAGACGGUCCUACCUCGGCUCUCUCAUGCAGGCUAACCAGGCCGACCCAGAUGAGCACACCAUCACAACUGUGGAGAACCCAGCGGCUAUUGUUGCGGCUGUGGAAGAGCCAGUCAUACCUGAAAAAGUACCUGUGGUGAGAAAUCCACCGGUAAGUUUUGCUGAGACUUGGGCCUACUACGACGAACCUCCCUUUGAAGACGAGUUGGAGGACGAGUUCGAGUCGGAGGAGGACUUCGAUGACGAGACGUACAAUCGCAAGGGCAAGCGGAAGAAAGCACCCCUAGGGAGAAAGCCAAGCAAGACUGCUGGGGGAUUACCUAAGAAAAGCAGCAAAAAGAAGACGACAGAGAGCGGCGGACAGAGCGGACGGAGGAAAAAGACGGCCCCAAAAACCCCAUCAAAGACCCCGAAGAAUAUCAAGAAGGAGGAAGACGACCCAUCAGGCAAGCCCUAUGCCUGCGAACUGUGUGGGAUGCGGUACAAGACGCGGCCUGGCCUUACUUACCAUUAUGCCCACUCGCAUAAGGAGGAGAAGGAGGAGGAGGCUAAAGCUAAAGCCCCGACUAGGGCUAACGAGCAAUCCCAGGCUUACGACUCAAGCCCAGACUUCUUGCCAGGCUUGCCACCGCAGCAGGCCUCGGCGUUCCCCCACUGGGGACAGGGCAGUUUCAGUGAAGGUCGCACGUCUGGCCGGCGUUCAGGUGCUGUCGGCCAGUCAAACGCAGGACCAGGACUGCCCUCAGGCCUUUCCCCCACAUCGGAGGCGGGUGGGGAUAAGGGAAAGAAGAAAGUGUCAGCUUCUCCCUACUGUGACUUCUGCCUCGGCGAUGCAACGGAGAAUAAGAAGACCGGGGUGCCUGAGAGCUUGGUGUCGUGCGCAGAUUGUGGUCGUUCAGGUCACCCAACAUGUCUUCAGUUUACGUCUAACAUGAUGAAGAGCGUUGUCAAGUACAGGUGGCAGUGUAUUGAGUGUAAGACGUGCACUCUCUGUGGCACUUCUGAGAAUGAUGAUCAACUCUUGUUCUGUGAUGACUGUGACCGUGGUUAUCACCUUUACUGCCUCACCCCACCCCUGUCAGAACCCCCAGAGGGUGAAUGGUCGUGCUACCUCUGCCUCCGAGAAUUCCAUACCAAGUAAAGCCCUUGCUGGUGGCUAGUACAAUUCACAGAGUUGUUAAACGUCAUCCAUCCAGCAUGUAGGAAGCAGGCACCAGAAGGUGGAUGCAUAUUGCAGGUCGUCUAUUCAGUCACAAUAGGUUGUCUAGAGAGGCAUUUUGGAUAACUGGCUGGAUAGAGGAAGAGAGAGAGUGAGCAGCUUUCUGGUAUAGAGUGAUCUCAAGUGAUAUACGAGAACGUACUUUUAAUCUCAAAAAAAGAUUGUUUUAUACCUGUUUACCAUGAGGAGGGGACGUCCCAGGAGCCCCAGCUUUCCAUGACAUUACGGUGUCACUUUCCUAUUUUUAGUGAAUCACAUAAUAAACAUUUAUUAUGACUUGAACUAGUUCUACUGAGGGACUGAAAUACCUCGUAUCAGGGGGGAAUAGAGUAUGAAUUUCUA